GAUGUCCGUGCUUCGGCAAGGGGCGAUGUAAAUUGGGUCAUGGGGUUUGUUUCGCUAUGAAAUCACCUUGUAGACACAGUAAAACGCCCAUCGGACGUGUAUUACAGGCAAUGCAAGCAAAUUAGAUACACGUUUAACCUCUGAGUUAUCACAGGCAGGGAAAAAGAUACAGGCGAGCGUACUUCUGAGUGUGGUCAAGUCACAUUUAACAGGUGGUUGCCUUGAAAUGCAGAACUGAACCUACAACAAGCGACUUAUUUCCUGGGUACAGCUAUGUAAUCAGCUCGUGCAAGUAUGUGAUUUGUAUUCUACAGCUGGUAUACUUCAUUGCCUGUCGUCAGAUUAUAGCCAUUCCAGGUAGAACAUAUACUUUUUUCUGUCUGUCGGCUGUCACUCAUUUGCUUUAAAGCGGUUUUGUGGAGACACUUUCUGUGGACUUGUAAACCAGCAGACUUCACUAGGAUUACACGUUUUAAGUUGUAUUCGUUUCCUCAAAUCUCUUGAUGAUUUCAGUGCAUAGGACAGUAUAAACACUGCACAGAUUGUAAUACAUAGCAAAGAGUUUCUUGUGCCCUUGUUAUUUAGAUAUCAGCGUCAUUAUUCUGCAGAACAGCUGUUUUUGAUUCUGCAAAAUUGGACAGUCAAUAUCUAUUUCAUACCAUGUAAUAAUGCCUACAAUUUAGAUCAGUGUUCUUACUGAUGCUUGUAGUAUUAGUCCAUUAGAUUCGAGACCCUUUACCAGGGUAUAUAAUACCAUUUUUUUAAAAUGGCAACUGGGCGUGGGUCUCACACAUAUGUUCUUGUCCUCUAUGAUUACGACUACGUCGCUGACGAUGGAAGUCCAGUUUCAAUAAAGAAAGACGAGGAAUAUGUUUUGCUCAAGAAAGCUAACAAAGACUGGUGGCAUGUCGCUAACCUUCAUGCGAAGGCGAAUGGGGAGAAGCCUUUUUAUGUGCCUGCGGCCUAUGUAGAAGAAAUAUACAAAAACGUGAUAUCAGUAGGACCAGGUGAAAUACGAGAAACGAAUGAGGAUGUUCAAAUGGAUGCUACAGUCACAGUUAAUGAGGACCAAGUAACAACUAUUAAGGUUGGAUAUGAUCAAGAACCAGAGCCGGAUUAUCCUGGUGACCCCCCUGACUUGCACCCUAAGACCCCAAAACCUAACGAGGAUUUAGACAAUAACAACAUGAAGGAUUUCAGUUUUCAGGAAGAUUCGGACUCAGUGAGAGUUAAACAAUCACCCCAAAUUGUGCGGCAGAAAUCGGCGCCCCCUGAGGUUCCACAAAAACCCCAACGAAGGUAUGAAGACCCGACCUAUGCUAAUUUAGAGGAAGUGAGAGUGGCGGCGGGGAUGGACAGACCAUUGUCACAAGUGUCACAGUCGUCAGAUUUGUCACAGGACUCCCCAGAUUCUGACCGAGACUAUGCGAAUUACAGACCAGGUUCUCUCUCUCCCUUUUCCACUUUCGCUAUCUCUCCUCCCUCCCCCAGCCUCGUCCCCAAUAACCCUAAGAAAAAUCUCGACUAUGGCUGGGAAGAACAUCUGGACGAAACUACAGGACGAACUUACUACUACAACGUGCACACGCGACAAACAUCGUGGAACCCACCUCGGGUACGAGCACGUAUUCGCUCACACUCGGAUGCGGUUUUUACCGCCAGGCAACGGCUUCAACUUAACACCAGUCGGGACUCUGCAUUUUCCUCUGAUUUUUCACCUGCGAGUCCAGUUUCCCCUCACAGCCCCAGUAUUAGUCCAUUGAGACCUUCGACUCUCUCCUCUAAAAGUGCCAGUCUUCCGCGAGGUUGGAAACAGGAAGUAAAUGAUGGCGGAGAGGUGACUUUUGUGAAUGACGGUCUUGGGGAAAAGUGGCUGUGUUCCCAAGACGACCAAGGGAGGACAUAUUACUACAAAGAAGAUGGCUCCGAGUCGGCAUGGGAGUUGCCUGAAAUGCCAAAGUUGGAUUACGAAAGACAAUUCUCCAACGACUCGCAACCUGACGAAAGAGAGUUCAGCGCAGACCUUGAUCCCACAGACCAACAUGGCGGCAGCGGAGGCGCACGGCGACCUUCUGCCCCAGUUGGACCGGGCGAGGUGUCACAAUCACCACGGCAACGGGUAUUAAUGCGUACCAGUACUUUACCUAACCACUCGCACAGACCUUCCUUUCUGCAUCUUGUUAGUUCUAGACUAGAGGAGAGCGAUUAUAGCCAUAGAAAGAAAGGGCCUGCACCACAGCCACCAAAGCCUCCAGAAAAAAGAGGAUACCUCAAAGUGACAAAAAUUAUGGAUGGAAAUAAAAAGUUGAAGAAAAAUUGGUCACAGAUCUUUAUCGUUCUCACAGGUCCAAAACUUUUCUUUUAUAAGGAUACUAAAAGUGCUGUAGGGCAGCAAGGUAAACCAGACCAGGAGUUUGAGGUGGGAAAGAUGGACGUGGAGUGGGCCGGCAAAGAAGUCUCCAGUAAAAAGAACACCAUACAGUUAAGCUGCACAGUGGACUUAGAACUUCAACAAUACCUCUUACAGCAAGAUGACCAGGGAGUUAUGCAGGAAUGGCAUUCAGACAUCUCAAAGGCUAUCAAACGAUUUAGACCCAGACCAGCAGAAAGCCUACAACAUAGCACUUCCUUUAAAAAGAGCGCAACAUUACCUGCGACACUCCAAUCCAACGAGAGUUACGACUCCGUUCAAAUGCGACCAAUCAGCGCCAGGGGGCGGUUCCAGUCAUCAUCAAAAAGCAGAAAAUCGGAAUUGGUUCGAAUGGCCAGUAGUAAAUAUAUUGUCACCCCAGACCAGGAAACAGUGGACCAGAUGAACUUCAGUGACAAAAAGAGCAAAAUCCGUGACAGGUUGCUGAAAUUCUUAAAGAAGCGCCCAACGAUGGAGUCUUUACAGGAGCAGGGAAUUUUGCAAGAGAGUGUCUUUGGGUCUCACCUGGAUAGGUUAUGUGAGAGAGAAAGGACUACAGUACCCAUAUUUGUGAAAAGGUGCAUACAGGCAAUAGAGAACAAAGGUCUCAGUAUAGAUGGGAUCUACAGAGUGAGCGGAAAUCUGGCACAGGUGCAAAAACUCAGGUGUGCUGUUGACCAAGGGAUUAUGUCCUUACUUGACCAAGAAGGAGAGUAUAACUUCUUUGAGUCAGAGUGGGACAUCCACGUGUUGACAGGAUCUUUGAAGUUGUUCUUCCGAGAGCUUCAGGAGCCAGUCUUCCCAUUUGCGGUAUUCGAUAGGCUAAUAGCAGCAAUAAAAGGAGACCCAUCUAAACGAAUACCAAUGUUACGAGAUAUUGUAAAGACGCUACCGCGCCCAAACUACGACACCCUCAAAGUAUUAUUUGAACACCUUAAUAGGGUUAUAGGAAGAAGCAAUGAAAACAGGAUGCAGGUUCAAAACAUUGCCAUCGUAUUCGGUCCCACACUGAUGUGGCCGGAAAAAGAAAGCCACAACAUGGCCAUCAGUAUGAUGUUCCAAAGCAAUAUAGUAGAAGUGAUGCUAACAGAGUAUCAGAAUAUUUUCAGAUAGCAACUUACACUGGAUCUUGUAAUAGUUUGAGAAGUAAAUUGAUAAGGACUGCACAGGACAGUACCUGGUAUAAGAGUACGGAGAAAAAGAGGCCAACUUGAACAGAUUUAGUCAUGUUGGAGUUCUUAUAUAGACAGCAGUCAAGUUGUAUUUGUUCCUUCUUUCAUUGGAGAACAAGAUAAAUACAGAAGGCUUCAUUGAGAUUGCCUUCUUCAACCAAUGUGUGUGCUAUGUGUCAGACAGCAUUGUUCAUAUUGGUGCCUUUUGCAUAGAGAUUGUGAAAAUGAAAGACUUUGAGUGAAUUAAGCCCUGUCCACUAAAGCAAAGCAAAGUUUAUGCUAAACAAUGGAACAGUAAAAAACUGCACCUUAAAAGAAUAUUUAAAAAAAAACCACUCUGAUGCCAAAUACAACAGGAAUCCUUUGUAUUUCUUCAUCUGUCUUGCUCUCAUUCAGCCAGGGUGAAAAUUGACUCUCUGUUGAAAAUCUUAAUCCAUGGGCAACAAAGUGUUACUACACAGGUAAUUUACGGAAUCAAAUAUGGAGUUGAGACAGUUUUCAAAAUGAGCCUCACAAAUGGAUGGUCAUUCAAUAUACAUGGCAGGAGGUGAACAGUGUUUAUUGCCAGAGAUGAUAUAUAUGAUUCUUUCAAUGGCUGAAUGGUGAAGUGCAACCUGACUUAAAGGCUAAGUUUAGUAUUCAGAAUGAAUAAGUAGAGAUAGACACUCGCCAUUGAAAUGAUAUUAUAUGAUGGUGUUUUGACUGUAAUUUAAGUCAUGCCAGUUGGAAAAGUGUGUCCUUGAAAAAUCAGACAGAGGAAUUGCAACAUCACUGGUUAUGUUAUUCAGUGGUUAUUACGAUUGAAUUCAUUAAGGUAAUAGAUUGAAAGAAGGGUGUGGUAUUUGAAACACUGAAUUUGGAACAAAUUGAGGCAGUAGAUGAUUCCAGACAUGUGAUCAAAACUGAUGGAAUUUGUGUAGGAGUCACAGCAGUUUUUCUGAAGUUGUAGAGAGAUAAUUUGAUCCUAAACAGAGGUUUUGCCCAUAAGUGAACUUUGAUUUGCUGGUAAAUUUAUGAAAAAAUUCCCAGUUAAAAAGAAAAGCUCCUUUGGAAUUACAAAAUAGAAGUAAGGCAGCAACUAUGAAGCAGCAGGCACCAAGAAGUCUUUUAAUGCUGCCAAAAUGGUUCCCCAAACAAUUGGAACACUGGUGACUUCAAUCACCAAAUGUUAUAUCUCUUAACAAUGACUUAAUAUCAAAUUUGAUAGGGUAUAUUUGUGAUGGUGCUCAUAGUGCACACUAAGGUUGUGAAAAGAGCAAAAACAGUUUAUUUGGUUGGAGUUUAGUGACUUAAGAAGGAUCACAAGUGCUAAAAGUAUGUUGUUUUUUCUGUGAUGGUUUUUCCUGCCUUUGACUUGUGUCCUUUCUUUACUGAAUGUAAGGAGGUAAAUUGGAAGCUAAGCAAGUACAAGAGUUCAAAAUAUGGGUCCAGUGAAUGUAUUUGGAAGUCAUAUAAGGUUAUGACUUUGUUCGUUACCCAUUUAUUAUACAAUCUGACAGUUCAAAAUGUCUAAGUAAGCUUUCCAUUAAGUAUUUUUAAGACGUUUAUGUGAGUUAAAUAAUCAAAUUAUGGGUAAGUAGAAGUAUUAUUGUAAAUAUUUACAUUGAACACAAAUAGACGAAUUGCAAUUCAUUCCAAAUGAAAAUGGUAUGGAUAUUCCACCAUUAUAAGGAAAGAGUGUUUGUAGAAGAUACACAUGAUUUUUGUUUUUUAUGUAUAUAUACAGAUGCACAGCUUCAAAAGACAUAAAUAAUUUUUAUUACUUAAAAGUUUGAAGCAAAAACUGUGUACAAUGUACACUUAAUUUGCAUAAUUUUAUUUAAUGUACUAUUAUAUUGAUAACAAAAGUAGUAAAACCGAUUUACAGGCAUUGACUUAUUAUUUCCAACCAAUGCAAGAAAUGAAUACUUAUUAUUGUUUGUACCAUGUGAAAACAUUGAUUGUGAUUAGUAGAAUAAGAUUAUAAUUUUAAAAGAUUAUUAUUUUACAGAAUGAUUGAAACAUAGGUAAUAUAGUAAUUUUGUUCUGUAUAAGAUAUACAGAAGUUCUGGUUAUUAUGCCAUGUAUCUCUGAUUUAACAAUGAUGUAUUAGUAAACUGUGUAGUGAUUAGGUCUAAUCAAUGAAACCUAUGCAUUCCUUUGUGUUUGUCAGGUUAAUAAAGUCUAAGUUUUCAUCAGUAUAUUAACAAGUAAAUAUUCGUAUAUAAUUCUUUGUCGGUGUAUUUUUUAUUUCCAGCAGAAGAUAUAUAUAUCCCGGUAUAUAUAUUUUCCACUUUGGUUAAAUGUAGCAUACACAAUCUACAUUUCAAAUUUGAAGAGAUUGGUUUUUAAAUAAGAACUUCAGCUAGAUUUAUGGAAUGCAUGGAUAUUUUGGAUUUAAUGCCCUUAAAAGUAGGGUUAACUUCAGUCCAUAUUAAUAUGAAUUUUUUUAAUGUUCUUCAAGUAUAUAUUUCAAGGUUGGAGAAAAUAAAAGGGGGUAAUGUUGUUUAUUGGAAUGGCAUGUUAUUUUGAAGGAGUAACGUUAAAUUAAUGUUAUGGAUUAAUUGAGCAUGGUAGACUAGAGACAUGAAGAGAUGCAAGUUUUUUCAGUGUUAGUGAAUUGUGUUGAUAUAAAAAUGUUCAGAGUUAAGCAAGCUGUUUAACAAUCAGUAGGGUCAAAUUAAAGCAUGUAUAAAUACAAGUUUUUUAAUGUUACUAUAUUGUGUUAAUAAAAAAAUUGUUCACAGUUAA